GGUGCCGGUUGACGUGACAGAGUGAGUUGUCUCGUUCCCUCUCUCUCUCUCGGUGUUUGUGCUUCUCUCAUUCCUCCAGCUGAACUUGGUGGAUCGUCAACGCUGUGUCCCUAACUGUCCCUCCGCUUCUCUGAACCACAAUGACGCACUGGGCCUCCCUUGCUCUCCUUCUGGUUUUGAGCCUCUCCACCCAGGGGACCCUCUCCCAGGACGCUGAGGAACCUGCACCAGUGGACCCAAGCCAGGCCCCUGUCGACCCCUCCCAGGCAGAGGAUGAGGACGAGUGGGGACUGAACUCCGUUAGGGGAGGCUUUGAAGCCGUCAAUGGAUACUUUGACUCCAUGCUGGAGCUUAUGGGCGGACGCGAUGGAGUGUGCCAGUACCGCUGUCGAUAUGGUAAAGCUCCUCUUCCUCGCCCUGACUACCAGAUGCCAGAGCCCAACGGAUGCAGCGCCUACUUCCUAGGCCUUCCGGUACCCAAUAGUGUUGAUCUGGGUAUUCCUGCCAUGACUAAGUGCUGCAAUCAGCUGGACAUGUGUUACGACACCUGCGGCUCCAACAAGUACCGCUGCGACUCCAAGUUCCGCUGGUGUCUCCACAGCAUCUGCUCUGACCUCAAGAAGAGCCUGGGCUUCAUGUCAAAGGUUGAAGCCUGUGAGACGGUAGCAGACACCCUGUUCAACACAGUCUGGACUCUGGGCUGCAGGCCCUACAUGAACAGCCAGAGGGAAGCCUGCCUCUGUGAAGGAGAGGAGAGGGAUGAGCUUUAAAUUAGGGUUACAGACAUACACACACACACUCACGUAUGCAUGCAUACACACACACACACAGCUCUCCUAUUCACCAAGUAAUAUGGGAUGAUACGUCACUCCAAAUGACUGCUGGAGAUUCGAAUAAUAAUAAUAAUAUAAUAAUAAUAUAUACCAUUUAGCAGACGCUUUUAUCCAAAGCGACUUACAGUCAUGUGUCACAGUCACAUUCUACGUAUGGGUGGUCCCGGGGAUCGAACCCACUACCCUGGCGUUACAAGCGCCAUGCUCUACCAACUGAGCUACAGAAGGACCCCUAACCCGAAUUGAUUAGGGUUUUUUCAAAAGACUCAUAUUUUGGCUAUUUGUGUAAUUUAUUUUGUGUUUUACUUGGUUUUGUUUAACAGAACAAGUGCUGUAUAUUUGCAACAACUGUUUUUUUUUUUUUUUUUUUUAAUCUACAAAAACAUGUGUAAUACAAUACAAUCUUGUA